AUUUAUUCGAUAAUACUUAUAAAGCAAUUGACAUUACAACUUAUGAAGCUAGCAACAUAGCAACAUAUGAAGUUAUCAAUACCGCAACAUACGAUACUAUCAAUACUACAACAUAUAAUAUUUUUAAUGAUACAACAUAUGAUGCUAUUGAAAGUGCAACAUACAGUACUAUUGAAAGUGCAAUAUACGAAACUGUUAACGACACAACAUAUAAAGUGAUUAAUGAUGCAACCUAUAAAAUUAUUGAUGAUACAAUAUAUGAAGCUGUUGAUA